AUGUCAUCGGAUACACAGAAUGAAAACAAAGACAAACUUGAACCUGUACUCAGUCCAUUAUUUCCUAAAGCAACAGAAAUACUUUUCUAUACAGGCAAUACAUUAACAUUAUUUAAAAUAAUGAAGAAAACGAAUACAAGUAUCACUGAAGAAAUCGUUGAGUAUAUGUCAACGAUGUUACAAACAAUGAGAAUAGAUAUGAAUGAAAAACAAUAUCAAAAUGAAACAUAUGUUAAAUUCCUUCCGAUAUCUGAUGACACAGCAGUAACAAAUAAUUAUAAUGCAGCAAGCCCAGAUAAUGAACAAUUAACACGGGAAGAUUUAAAAUUUUCGGUUAAAAUCUUUCUUCGUUCAUUGGAACCAGAAAUAUUAUCGCAUACAAUCGAUACAGUUUUAAACGAAUUAAAAGAGAAUUAUUUAGAAAGUGUCAUGUUAUCAUUACCAAAUUAUGGUGCACAGAUAACAUUAAAUGAAUUUUUACCAUUAUGGCGUAUUAUUGAAGAUUAUAUUGAUAAACAAAAGAUUUUAUCAGCUGGUGUUUGUGAUUUUAUGCUUCCCUUAUUUUCUGAUUUAUGUGAUGCUUGUAAACAUAAACCAUAUGCUAAUCAAAUUAAUUUAGGAGUUUGUUGUUCAAUUCCAGAAGAAUUGAAUAAAUACGUUAAAGAACAUAAUAUUCAACUUUUAACACAUAGUGAUCCAAUUGAUGUUAUUAAUGAAUCCGAUUUUCAAGGUGUUAUUCGAGAAUAUUGUCAUGAAUAUGAUUCACUCAAUUGGAAACCAUUAUCUAUUGUACGUUAUAAUUCUGUUAUAGCUAAUCGAGGUAUUAUUAAAACAAAAGGAUUCUUUAUAUAUGCCAAACGAGAAUUACGUAUGAAUUAA